AUGAGAAUCAAUAUUGAGACUCAGAGAGAUAUUGGGAUAGAGCCUUUAAGUGUUGAUCCAAACUAUAACGAAACAAUUGAGAAUGUGAUUUGUUUAAUAUCGUUGAAAAUCACUACUCUGCAGGUUAAUGAAAUGGAAUUAGUUUACAAUGGUAGGGUUCUCCCUCUUAAUGCAACACUUGACCAGCAAAAUAUAAGAGAAGGGCACACAUUGUUGUUGAGAAAACGUAAAUCAAACUGUUGCAGCCUCUUAUAA